UAAAAAUCUUCCAGAUUUCAAUCACGCAACCUUUGGCGGGAGAAGUACAGAGUCCCUCGGAGUCCUGCAUCCUCAUGAUGCAGUGAAAAGGAACAAGCAGCGAAAAACGUAGAGAUUGUUGUUUGUGAGGGUGGCGAUAAAGUAGCUGCUGGAACUGUUAUGUCGAUCACCUCGAUGAUCCAUUUCUUUCCCAGUGUCUUUCUACGGAGAUCUCGUUCUUUUUUGGCGCACAACCUGGGAGCCGCCUUAUGGAUCUGUGCAGUUGCGCCACAAUUUCCCGGCAGCCUCGUCCUUUUGGAUUCUUGACUUUUGUUUGUCCUGCAGAUUUCUUGUGAACUGCACGACAAAAAAAGGGUGCGAACCGGACAAAGGAGCAAAAGCGUGCGGAAAGUUGCUGCCCCUGUUCCAAAGAUGCCACUGGAGUCUCGAGGCCCGAGAGGUGCCCUCUGGAGCAAGGGCAGCUGCUUUCCAUGCGCUUUCCGGUGUAUUUUUUGUCGUUCUUGGCUUCGAUUCAGCGCAAUAGUCACGCACUUCGCCUGCACUGCCAACAUCCGGCUCAGACAUGUUCGUAUUGCGAAAUCGGGCGAAAACUUGCCCAAAGAUCGCAUCUCCGCAAGCGUCCGGGGACUGGCCUGAGUCCCUGGCCGAAAUGGUGCCACAUUUAUGACACUUUGUCCGAUGCUAUGCUGUUCAAAAAUUGCUCUAGGUUUGCGAAAAUCACAGCGCAUCCACCAAGCGGUCACAUUUUGGUGACCUCUUUAUGAGGCUAACCACGGCGGCACGCUUUCAAUUUUCCGGUCUAGCUUUGCGAAAAUCAUGGGUCGGGGAGGGGGGUGCCGAAAAUGGAACAAAGCGAAGCCAUUUCGUGCUCAAAACGGGUGGCCCCUUUAUGAGCCUAAUCAGCACGGCACGGAGCCACUUUUCCGGUCUAGCUUUGCAAGAAAAGGACAAAGAUCGCGACAGCAGGCGCUAUGUCAUCUCCAAAGGGAUGUUUGGAACCAUUCAAACUAAUGGGAUUAGCUAGAUCGCAGCUGGGUGGUUGCCUUGCAGGUGGCAAGACAAUUAUCCAGCUAUGAGGUAGCCAGUUUGUAUCAGCUUACGGGGGGAAUCAGCAUUGAAAACGAAACGCGUUUCCACGAUCUAAAAAAUUUUUUUUGGAAUUCGCUGAAUUAGACAUCUGAGCCUGUUAUAACUGUUAUGUCGAUCACCUCGAUGAUCCAUCUUUUUCCCAGUGUCUUUGUACGAAGAUCUCGCUUUUUUUUUUUUUGCAGGUGACAAGUGAAAUGCCCAGUUUCAGUUUCAGAUGCGCUUUCCGCUCGUGUUUCGCGGGGGUUACGCCGUGUACAGCAGGUCGACACUGCCAGGAAAAUCGAUGUGCGCGCCGCAUUGGUCCAUACAAAUUAAAACCCUAA